AUGGUAGCGUGGAAACAGCUGCCAAAUGGGGGGCGUCUAUUCCUACUCCUGAUCGGAUGCCUCGCCCACUUGACAGACUGGACCCUGGCCUGGCGUCCAUGUCCGGAGCUCAGUCCCGCCCUGCGUCUACCCUGCAGAUGCAAUGUGGUUCCGUUUGCGGCGACUGGCCAAUUGGGCGCCGUGGCCAUGGACUGUGAUCGCGUCGUCUUCCAUGGCGAUGCCCCGCAGCUGCCGUAUGGAGCGCCCAUCGUGGCGUAUACGCAACGUCACAGUGGUCAACAGGUGCUGCCAGCACAGACCUUUGGCCAACUAAAGUUGACCAUCGAAGAGCUGGAUUUGUCCAACAAUUUGAUCCGAAGGAUUCCGGAGAAGGCCUUCGAUGGCCUGAAGGAUUCUCUAAACGAAUUGCGGCUGGCAAAUAAUUUGCUAGGCGACAAUCUGAAUCCAAUCUUUUCCACCGCCGAACUGCACGUAUUGAAGAACCUGCGCACCCUGGAUUUGUCCGGGAAUAAGAUCAAGUUGAUCGAGGAGGGCCUACUCAAGGGUUGCAUGGACCUUAAGGAGUUCUACAUCGAUCGCAACAGCUUGACGGCAGUGCCAACCAAUUCGCUAAAUGGACCAAGUGCCCUGCGACACCUGUCGCUGCGACAGAACCAAAUUGGAGCUCUUCUUCCCGCCUCGUUCAAUGCCCAGCGGCAACUGGAGAUCAUCGAUCUGAGGCACAAUGUCCUGCGAAGCAUCGACAGUCAGGCCUUUAAGGGACUGCAAAAGAUCCGGGAGAUCAAGCUGGCCGGCAAUCGCAUCAGUAACCUGAACAGUGAUGUCUUCGAGAAGCUGAACUCACUGCAGAAGCUGGAUUUGUCCGAGAAUUUCUUCAAUCAGUUUCCAAUGGUGGCUCUAGCAGCAGUUCCUGGCUUAAAGCACCUGAAUCUGUCCUCCAAUAUGUUACAGCAAUUGGACUACACCCAUGUGCAGGGGAUUAGAUAUUUGGAAAGCCUAGACAUUAGUCGCAAUUCCAUAACUACCAUAACGCCAGGAACCUUCCGGGAGAUGAGUGCCCUGAAGUAUUUGGACCUCAGCUUGAACUCGCUACGAACGAUCGAGGACGAUGCUUUGGAGGGUCUGGAGAGCCUGCAGACGCUUAUUAUUAAGGAUAACAAUAUCCUGCUAGUGCCCGGCAGUGCCUUGGGUCGGCUGCCCCAGCUGACAUCCCUCCACUUGGACUUCAAUCGAGUGGCAGCUCUCUCAGCGGAAAUCCUGGGCUCCCUGCAGGCAGGGGACAUAACCACCCUUUCUUUGUCCAGGAAUGUCAUUCGAGAACUGCCACCCGGUAGCUUCCAGAUGUUCAGCAGUCUGCACACAUUGGACCUUGCUGGAAACUCCCUGGCCCUGAUCAAUGCAGAUACUUUUGCGGGAUUGGAAAGCACUCUGAUGGCCCUGAAGCUGUCGCAGAAUAGAUUGACCGGCUUGGGAAUCGCACCGUGGGUAUUACCAGAGCUGAGGAGUCUGGAUCUGAGUGGCAAUACCUUGACCGAGUUGCCCAGUAACAUAUUUGAGGAACUGGAGAACCUUCAAUCUCUGAAUCUGAGUGGGAAUCAUUUGACUCCAUUGACCGGAGUCCUCUUCAAGCCCCUGGCCCGCUUGCAAGUCAUCGAUUUGAGUCGCUGCAAUAUCCGCCAGCUGAGCGGAGACCUCUUGGCCGGAUUGCAGGACCUGAAGCACAUUCAUCUCAACGACAACCAGCUGCAGGAGCUGCAGGACGGCAGCUUUGUCAACCUGUGGAACAUUAGCUCCAUCGACCUGUCCAACAACCGCAUCGGAUCCAUCCGUUCGGGAGCCUUUGUGAAUGUGAUGAAGCUGCAGAGGCUGAUACUCCGGGGAAACCAGCUGUCCGCCUUUAAGGGGGAGUAUUUCAACACCGGCACUGGGAUAGAGGAGCUGGACAUUUCGGAUAACCAAUUGAGCUACCUGUUCCCCUCAUCCUUCCGCAUCCAUCCCAGGCUGAAAGAGAUAAAGGCGUCCAACAAUAAGUUCUCCUUCUUCCCAGCGGAACUCAUCGCCUCGCUGCAGUAUCUGGAGCACAUUGAUUUAUCCCACAAUCAGCUGAAGACCAUCGAGGAGCUGGACUUUGCCCGUCUGCCGCGACUACGAGUCCUUCUGGCCUCGCACAACCAACUGGAUAUGGUCAGCGAGAUGGCCUUCCACAACUCCACCCAGCUGCAGGUGUUGGACUUGGCCUACAACAACUUGGACAGAGUGGGGGAGCGCACAUUCGAGGGCUUGGUAAGGCUGGAGCAGCUGAACUUGGAGGGCAACCGGUUAUCGGAGCUCUCGGACGGCGUCUUCGAACGCACCAAGCUCCAGAUGCUGGAGAACAUCAACCUGGCUCACAAUCGGUUCGAGUACGCUCCCCUGAACGCCCUGCAAAGGCAAUUCUUCUUUGUGUCAUCUGUGGACCUGAGUCAUAAUCGCAUCAAGGAGCUGCCAGGCGAUGAUAGUAUCAUGGUGAACAUUAAGAGAAUCGAUCUGUCCUUCAAUCCGCUCUCGCCCAGAGCUGUGCACAACGUUCUCAACGAGCCCAAGACAGUGAGGGAACUUAGUUUGGCUGGCACUGGCAUUGAGCAGUUGGAGCUCCUGGAGACACCCUUCCUGCAGUUCCUCAAUUUGUCCCAUAAUAAGCUGCGCAAUGUUAAGCCGGAGGUCUUCCAGCGGGUCACUCUCCUGGAGACGUUGGAUCUUUCCAGCAACCAACUCGAGUCCUUGGACGAUCUAUCUGUGGCGUGGCCCCAGCUGCAGGUGCUGCAAUCUCUGGACGUGUCCAACAAUAGCUUCGAGAUCGUCUCGCAAUCCAACUUUGGACAGCUGGAGAUGCUGCGAUCCCUGAGGCUUAGCCACUUACCGCAUUGCACCAGGAUCGAGAAGAACGCCUUCAAGCAACUCCCAAAUCUGCUAAGCCUGGAGGCCUAUGAUCUUCCGCUGCUUGGUUACCUGGACCUUCAGGGCAUCCUGGAACUACUGCCGGGUCUGGAAGAACUCGACAUCGAGGUGAAGGACUCCAGCAUUGGCAGCGAGCAGAUACAGCCCCUAAAGCAUCCCCGUCUCAAAAGCCUAGGUAUCCGAGGCGAGAGAUUGAAGUCCAUUUCCUCGGGUACUUUGGCGGGUCUGAAGAGCAGCGACCUGAGUGUGCAGCUGCGGAACACCUCGCUCAGUGCACUGCCUCCGGCACUUCUGUUCCCGGUGCCACGAUCAUCCCACCUCAACUUGGAUGUGGAGGGAUCCCAGAUUACGGUGCUGGUGCCGCAGUUCCUGAACGCCUUAGAGGAUCGAAGGGCCAGUUUGCAGUUGAAGGGUCUGGCCAGCAAUCCGAUUGUGUGCGACUGCAAUGCUCGGGCUCUACGCCGCUGGUUGCCCAGCUCAGGGAUGCCGGAUGUCACCUGCCAGGCGCCAAGUUACCUGGCCAACAGGAAGCUCAUUGAGGUGGGCGAUGAUGAGCUCACCUGUGACGCCCGACGAAUGACCUCCUCCACGUCGAGACCCACUGCGACAGUGCCCCAUCUGCUGAAGACCUCCAGUCAACUAGUUACCCGCAGCUCCACCACUGAGGAGCCUCUUAUCAUUUGGAGUCUGGAACCGACGCAACCGCCCAGUCUUAAGAAGAUCAAGACCAAGGCGCCACUGAUGAAGGCCCAGGCUCCGAUUAUGAGCAACGACGAUACUUUGAUCAUUGGCAUUGUGGGCGGAGUGGUGGCCUUCAUAGCCAUACUGAUCAUCAUUAUAUGCAUUAUCCGGCUGCGCAUGAGUAACGCGGAGUAUCAACAGAAUGCAGCAAUGAUCGGCAUUCCGGCUGGCAUGCAAAUGGGUGCCCAUAAUGCCGCCUACAACUACAAGAAUGCCGCUGGAGCAGGAGCGGCGCUGUAUGCAGUCCCUCCGUAUCAGGCCAGCUAUGCCACCCUGCCGCACAAGGCGGCCUCGAUCCACCAGUCUAGCCAGAAUCUCUCCCAGCGUCAGCAACAGCAACAACAGCAGCAGCAACAGGUGGCAGCGGCAGCGGCGGCCUACUCGACCAUGUCCCGCAUGUCGUACUUUAGCGGCGCCGGCGGAAACGCCGAUGGAGCCGAAAGCCUGACGCACCAGCAUCCGCAUCAGCAUCAGCCCUACAUCAUAUACUCGGAUGACAAGGCCUACAGAUAGGCAGAAGCCUUCUUUCAUUCACACACCAACACAUCUGUUCACUUCCAAACUCAGUCAGUCAGUCAGGCGCAUCGCCGCUAAAACAGGUUCUACAUUAUCGCCACU